AUGAGAUUCAAAGUUACAUGGAAGGAAAACAAGUUGGUAAUCCCAGCUGGUAAUAUAAAUGACAAGGUUUCUCGUUUGUUCAAGGAUAUCGGUGACCGUUUCACUCCAUACAAUCCAAGUGAUGACGAUUUGAUCAUCUCUGAAUUGCGUACUGCUGAUGGUUUCUUUGUUUCCCCACAUCUUACCAUCUCUGAUGCUUUGGUAGAUGGAGAUUACUUGACUGCUGUUGAUUUCGAUACCUGGAAGAAUGAACAAUACAAAUUAUGUAAAACAAUUUUUGAAACUAUUAGAGUAAAGGAUCAUGAUAAGGAUACCACAUUAAAUACCUCAAUUGGUAUCAAUACCAAGAAUAAUUUAUUCAUUUCUGUCAGUGUUGGAACUACUUUGAUGAGAUUGGAUCUUUUCGAUUCCUCAGACUUGAAGUUGUACGCCAAGGACGGAAAGCACUUGGUUACUCUCUAUGACAAUGAAGAAACCAAAGCUUCAUCCAAGGCAUUCUUUGUUGUUGAGAACGGUUCGGUCGUUGCCGUUGAGGUCCAAUCAAAGACCUUGACUUCACCAAGCGAGGAGAUCCGUGUCGUCAAGAUCCAACGUGUCGGUAAGAAGAUCAGCAAGUUGGAUGUCGUCAACGUCCAAUCGGCCUACAAAUUCACCACCCUCCCAAAUGUCACUUUCCCAGAGCCAACCAAGACUGGAUUCGAAUUCCCAGAUACCACUUUGGAUUGCUACACCGAUGGUGUCGGUGGAAACGGUACCAAACCAGAGGACUACUUCAAGGUUACCUCCACCUCCAACAUUAGAUUCGAGCAAAUCGAUAGAACCUUUGUUGAACACGGUUGGUUCCAAUCGGACAAGGGUAUCACCAACAGUUUCUACUACACCGACAUCCAAGUCGUCAACAAUUCAUCCGACAAGAUUUCACUCACCAAAGUCUCUGCCGAGUACCAAGACUUGGAAGGAAACUGGGUUGCUGCCGAUGGUUGUUUCUUUGGUUUCAAGAAGGGUAUCUACAACUACGCCUGGCACUACGACGCCACCGUUGUUCCAAUUACACCAAAGGAAGUGUUCCACGUUGCAUUGAACGUCCGUAUUCCAAUCAAGAAGAACUUGGCCGACAAACAACGUCGUUCCGCUCUCUGCAUGGCAGAUCCAUUGAACAUCAGAAUCACCUUGAUCGAUUCCACCCAAGUCAGCACCGUCCUCCCAAUCAAGUAUGUCAACAAGACCAAAUACCCAGUAGUUGUUACCCAAGCUUCCCGUCAAAAAUACAUUGGAGAGUCAACCAAGAUCGUCCACUUCCAAUACAUCGACUCUUUGGAAAGAGAAGACAGAACCUACGUACAAAUCGGUAAGGUCGUUGAACAAGGUAGUGAAAACUUGGUUUUCUCUACUUCAUUGAACUCCACUACCUAUUACAUCAACAAUGAUACUCUUGCCAAGUUCUCAUGGGAAGCCAAGAAGACCAAACAAUCCAAACUCGAAACCAAGUUUGGUGAAAAGAAAGAAGGUCACGAACUCAAGGUACAUGCCAUCGUCGACUUGGAAUCAGGUGUUACCACUGGUCUUCAAAUUGAACUUUCAUCCAAGGAUGCAUCUUCAACUCAAUACUUUGUUAUUCCACCACUUGUCUAA